GGCUGUUUUGGCACAUUGAGAGGAAACGCAGCGAGAGCAGGCGCUCGAGGUGCUUGUUACGCUCCCGGCUGUCACCACACCCAUUCACCGGAUUCAGGUGGCACUCCUCCUCCUUUCGCCCAUUACGGCGUACAAGACACCAUUCUCAGCUGCAUCAUCAACAUAAGAAACGCAGCCCACACGCACAGACACACACACACACACACACACACACACACACCAACAACUUCAUAGAAAUAGCCGCAGUAGAGAUCAUACACACACCCACGCACAAGCAUAGAACACACAUCUGUACGGCAUAUUAUUUACCACUUCUGGAUUCACUUUUUCCUGUCCAAUCCAUUAUAACACCUUCACUCAAAAUGUUGUCCCCCUCUGUGGUAGAGGCGUCACCCACGCCACCCAGUCGCGCCAACUCGCUCGCCAACGCCUUCGAAGCACUCCGGCAGGCAAAGGCAAUGCUGCGCGGCGAGCAAAGCCCUUUGGCCUCCGCACAGAACGCAAACGGUGCAUCUCCACGUCCCAGUCCUUCACCUCCGCAGCAGCGUUGCACAGAAAGCCUGGCCAGCAGUCUAGACGGUGCUCGUCACAGCUACGGGGUGCCCAUGACGAGCAGCUGUAGUGGCAGCAGCAACGGCGCUACACAGAGCCGCAGUCGCAGUGGACCCAGUGUGUCGCUGACGACGUCGCGCCACUCACGCAACUGCGACGACACUCACCGUGCUGGAAGCAUGAGUCAAGACGCACAUCCAGAAGUGGCGUCGAAAGGUGAAGAAGCCAACGAGGGGUCGUCAUCGCCGGAGGCCCAACCUCCCACCCCUGCCUUUCGCAGAACCGAAAGCGAAGGCACACGGCGUCGCGAGCAGCACGUUCAGUUCGACGUACCUCCGCCUUCUGCUGAUGACGAGAGGCCACACUCGGUCACGUCUGCCACGCCGUCCUUGUCACCUUCGCCGGCGCGUCCCUCCAUACCGCCACCAACUUUCUCCGCCCCGCGUGUUGGUUCUGCGGUGGACGUGCGCACCGUGCAGCUCCUUCAGCUUCUCACUUAUGAAGAAAUACAGCAGAUUCAUGACGUGCUGUUGCAACAACAAGGAGACACGCCGCUGCGGAGUGACGAGUGGAGGGUGCCAAGCUCUCUCGGUGCUACGGAACCCAUCACUUCUGUGGAACGGCAGACGCUGACCGAUAACUGGAUGACGCAGCACGCCCCUUCUCUAUGGGGCACCGAGCCGCCGGUGCAGUUAGACGUGGACGCGCAACUGCGGUACGCCGAGUUGUUUUACACGCAGCUGAUGCAGGAGGAAGGCGCGGAUGAGGGAGCUGGCAGCGAGGGCCAUGAAGCAAACCGCAAAGGAGAGGGAAAUACGGCCGCAGUUCCCCCGUCCGCGGACCGCGUUAGCGCAGCUGAUAAAGUGCAGAAUGGACCGGGCAAGUCACUGAAAGCGUCUGUGGAGGGCAGAGAAGAGGACGACGAACUCACGCUUUCGCCCAUCGCAAAGCAGUCGGUGUUCAAUUCCCCCGCCCGCCCCCACCACCUCCAAGAAGGCAACACGGAGGAGUUUGCGAUGGACAUGGAAGGCGAGAGAAGCUCAUACAAGCCCAUGCCCGCUGCAGUGCCGCCGAUUCUCAUUUCUCCUGAAAAACAGCGUUGUCGCUCGUCUGCGCUACGGCCGCAAAUUGUGCUUUCCGAUUCGGAUCAUCAGCCGUAUUGUUCUUCUCCACUGCAGCAUCGCAUGUCAGGUUGCAGACUGUCCCCUCUCACGUCGCCCUCUGUGCUUUCGAUUGAGCACCCACGGGGGCUGUCCGCCGGCCCUUCACGCAGCACCACAUCAUGGUCGCUGAAAGAUUUUGACGUCGGUCGUCGCAUCGGCUGCGGCGCGACAGGACGGACAUACCUCGCACGCGAGAAACUAAGUAAGGUGGUAGUGGCGCUGAAGUGUGUGCAGAAGGCCUCUGUCGCUGCACGUUACGGUGACGCGGACGUGACACGAGCUGCGCGAUUGCACAUGUCGGCAGGGCGGCGCUGCCCCCACAUUGUGAAGCUGUACACGUUUUUUGAGGAUGCGCAGCGGGUGUACCUCACGCUUGAGUACGCCGCAGACGGGGACCUAGCGAGAUACGCAGCUCAGCAACCGUACGGGCGGUUGCCGGAAGCGCAGGUGCAGCGUUUUGUGUACCAGCUGACCUGCGCCCUGAAGUACCUGCACGGAAAUCAAGUUAUUCACUGCGCGGUGGCGCCGCGGCACGUGCUGAUCAAGGAUCAACACACGACCGUCAAACUGGGGAGCUGUACUCAAGCAACACGACCUCGCGCGUCAGAUUCCGAGAAGGAGAUCGCGUUGUCCAGCGAUGAAAGGGUGGAUUAUGUUGCGCCAGAGGUGCUGUGCGGCAGAGGACGCAGCUUCAAAUCGGACAUGUGGUCUUUAGGGGUGCUGACGUACGAGCUGUUGUGUGGCUAUUUGCCCUUUGAACACGUCUGCACCACCCAGGCCAAACACCUCAUCUGCACUGGCGUUGUGUACUAUCCACAAUGGGUGAGUGCGACGGCAAGGUCGUUUGUUGGGUCGCUGCUGUGCGUAGAGGAGGCGGGCCGGUGCAGCGCUGUCGAGGCUCUUCAGCAUCCUUUCCUGUCUCCGCCGCAGCGCAGUGCUCCCCCAUCCACACGUACUGUCUCCCCUCCUCGGACGGGUGGGACUUUUGCUUCGACGAAAAGCUGUAUAGGGAGUACAGCAGGCCCCGGGCCGGCAGACGAAGAGAUCAGAGGAGAAGACGCUGCUGCCUCGCCUCUUGCUGAUGAAAGCAUCCCUGUCAGCAGGGGUCUCUCCGUGACCUUCGCCCAAGUCGGGGAAGAGGAGUCGCGCAUGCAUGGCGCGAAAACAGCGGAGAGCUCCGCCUCCCCCUCCGGUGCCAUGCUCACCAGCUCCUUUCUGCAGCUAGGGAGCGGCACCUCCCACAUCGAGUCCAUAACGAUGUCCUCCUCCACGCCCAGCCAGUGCGGCGGCCACUCCGCAAGCGGCGACAACGACGAUGCAAGCGUGAGCACGUCGACCCUGUCCAACGCACCCACCGCGGCCACCACUCCCACUCCCGCCUCCGACGGCAGCUCCCCGUUUGCCUUCUUAGGCUUCGCGCUGCCGUCCCAUUCGUGGCGAAGCGGUACACAGCCCCACGGCCCCAACAACGGUGGUGGUAUGCCCUCCGUCGCCCUGACCUCCCCCCACUCCGUCUCUUCGGUGAUAACGGAAGAGGCCGGUGGGCGACCGCGGCGCCGCUCCAGCGCCACCAGCGUGAAAUCGGCCGCUCUCAGCAGUCACCCCAGCCUCACGCGAACGCUGAGCGACGUUUCUGCCAGCCUGCUCUCCGUCACCUGCGCCCCCACCGGCGCUGCAGGACCACUGGUGGGCCCCGACGGCCCAGGCAGCAGCAGCAAAGGCAGCAGCCACCGGCGGCCACUCAACAACCGCGCUGCCCCGACGGUUUCGUCCCUCUCCUCUGCCUUUCUGGCGGACAACGAAGCUCGUGUGCCGUGCUCGGUGACGAUCAGCAGUCUCACUGCCGCCUCACCCAACCCGCAGUCCGAAUGGGGGACCUCGCCGCUGGAUGUGGAGGUGUCCGCCUCGUCAUCCAAUGCCUCUUCCGCACCCGGACAGCUGACGCGUCACGAGUCGUCGUCGCUCCUGUCUGCGGUGGCUGGUGCGAGAAACGCAGCCGCGAAGGGAGAGCAGGUGGCGCCGCAGUGGCCUCGUUCUCUGCCCUCGUUAACGGCGGUCGCGACCACCAACACAGCAGUGGUGCCGCCCACCACCGACGCAGUGAAGGCGAAGAAAGGGAACGUGAGAGGAAUCAAAAAGAGGAGGGCGGGCAGCGGUCUAGAGUGUGCGAUGCGGCUAGACUUCGACACCCUCAGCGACGAUGAUGGCUGA